UGCAAAAAGCUCAUUGUUGAAAAAUUAUUGGCGAUACCAAAUACAUAAGUGAAAGAGCUGAAAGCUUUUUAUAAAUAUAAAACUAUUUAUCUUAUACACAAAAUAUAAAUUUUCGAAUAUAACGUUCUUCUUUAUUUAUAAAGCGUGCGCGGAUAUAUGAUAUUGUCGUGUGCACUAUGUUAACCUAAGUGCAUAUAUUAUGCAGAAUCUUCUCUUAAUAUUUUAUAAAUAAUAGCUGCUAAAGUAGAGCAUUUUGUUGAAAGACAAAUGAAUUAAUACAAUAUGACGCGUGGCAAUAAUGCCACAUACUCGGAUAAUUCCCUAGUUAAAAUCAAGCCAUUCAUUAUUUUAAUCUUGAAUUUUAACAUAUGCUUUCAUCAUAUAAGUGCAUCUUCAUUUUUAAAUCUGAACGAUUUGAGCAAUGCUGAUCGACCUUUUUUCGACGAUGUAAGCCCCAGGAAUGUGUCAGCUGUCGUUGAUGAAAUGGCAAUUUUGAGAUGUCGUGUUAAAAAUAAAGGAAAUCGCACUGUAUCAUGGAUGCGUAAGCGAGACCUUCACAUUCUUACAACGAAUAUUUAUACGUAUACUGGCGAUCAACGGUUUUCUGUUAUACAUCCACCUAGCAGUGAAGAUUGGGAUUUAAAGAUCGAUUACGCUCAACCACGUGAUAGCGGAGUCUAUGAGUGCCAAGUGAAUACCGAGCCAAAAAUAAAUUUAGCAAUUGUUUUGGAAAUAACAGCUGAUAAUGACUUUCGAGAUUUAAAAACGGAAAAGAGGUUUUACGAUUCAAAAGCCGCUCGAGCUAAAAUACUUGGAUCCAUGGAAAUCCAUGUUAAACGUGAUAGCACUAUUGCUCUGGCUUGCUCAGUGAAUACCCAUGCAUCAUCUGUCAUUUGGUAUCAUGGCUCAUCAAUAGUUGAUUUUGAUUCACUCCGUGGCGGUAUAAGUUUGGAAACGGAAAAAACUGAUAUAGGAACCACUAGUCGAUUGAUGCUAACGCGAGCUUCAUUACGGGACUCUGGAAACUAUACUUGCGUUCCAAAUGGAGCCAUUCCAGCCUCUGUUAGGGUUCAUGUAUUAACCGGUGAACAGCCGGCAGCAAUGCAAACUAGUGCUGCCAUUGGGAUUAGGGCUUACACUGCAAUGAUUACUAUCAUAUCAGUAAAAAUGUUGUUAUAUAUUUCAAGUCUUAAAGAGCAAAUGUAUCGAAGAGAGAGAUGACUAAUAAAACUUUCAUAAAAUUACAUGAAUAACUUAAGAUCACAGCGUAUUCCAAAGGACCCAUUGUAAAAGAACACGCUCUAUUCAAUACAGAAAUACAAAAAAAUAAUUGUAAUUCCUAUAGUCAUAUUAAAUAAAUUAUUAUAAUAAAUAUUCAAUUAUUAUAUAUAA